AGGCAUGUCCGCGUUAGAAAUGAUGGACAAAAAAAUGGACGCAGGGCUCGCCUUUGCCAGCGACGACAACCGCAUCCUCUCUGUGGAUGAUGCGCUUAGGCGGAAGCUCAUCAAAACAUCUGGCUUUACCCCUGCCGAGCGUGUGGGUAUUAUGGACGAGGCGUACGCACACCUGGUCACGUGGCUCAAAGGUCACUCUCUGGCUCAAACGGUGUACGAGUGUGUAUACUUGCACCGGCCCUCGAUGCUGCAGGACGAGGUGCUGGCCACCUUCUUCGUGUCGUUCGAGCGAGUGAUUGUGAUGAUCCUGGAGAUCGUACAACAGGCGAGUAUCUACCAUGAAGAGGACUUUCAAGUGCGCAACAUCACCCUCCAAUCAGACCCGCUGAAUCCGGAUCAGAUACCAUCCUUUCCCGAGGCCUUUCAGAAUCUGCUGAAUCUCGCAACGCAGAUGGUGUCACGUCCAGAUGAAGAUGUUGAUUCGUCUGUCAGCUGCCGCCUGUCGUUUCUGGCCCAUUUCAUGGCCUCACUGCACACCAUUGCCGUUCCCGCACAUCCCUCUGAAUACGAACAAACACGUGCACUACACACCAACAUCCUCGACCAAUGCGAACGAGAGCUACAGCACAUGCUACAGACCCGCCCCUUCGGCGUCCAACGCGAAGGAGAAGGGUAUAACGUGGGGUUUGUGCCUGCGUUGGCGUACACACAGCUGUCUCCUGGACCGGCUGUGGUGGUGAGUGUGGCGAGUAGAGCGGAGGGCGUGGUGUAUCUGGACGGUCUGAUGAAGCGACUGCGAGUGGCCUUUAACAUGCCCAGACCUGCGAACAAGGCAAGUUACCAUAGCAACGACACGUACGCACACCAGGACACUGCGCCGGGCACUACUCACGCGAGUACAGAUACAAAUACGCAGAAGGGUAACAAUGUGAACUACACUGGCGAUGCAAUGGAUGCAGAUCCCGCUUUGGCCCAUGGGGGCGUACCGCUAUUGGUAUGGCUCAGGCGGUUUAUGGCGGCGUUCAACUCGCUACCGCAGUCGUGUUGUCUCUCGCGCUCUAUAGUGUAUGGGCUACUGCUCAACGAAGGCCAACUGAUGGGCAGUGUGAGUGUACCAGAGGCCAUUAAGGAGGAGGUAAAUUCGUACAUCGAGUCGCCCUAUCUGUACCACGCACGGCAUUACGCUGAGGGGUUUGUUGGGGAGAAGGACCGCAUGCAGACACAGACUGGAGAGGAUGAGUAUCCACAGAUAGGCCAACAGACAGCCCUGGGUGAGACUACAGGUGUCUGUGGAGGAGCAGGUGGCCUUAACGGGUACGCACACGCGGCGGGUAUGGGGAGCAGCACAGUCCCAAAAACUUGCCCAGAGGAUACGGACCCUGUCCUCAGGCGCAGGGCAGCCGUGGCCGAGGCCGAGGCGGACCGGUUCUUCGCCCGACUGCACCAGCCAAUGGUCAAUCUCACGAAGAUCGGGUGCUUUAAUAAGGCCCGUGAGCAUCGUGUGUUGGCCCAUAAGCUGCGUGUGGUGUCGGACUGGCAGGUAGACGCAGACAAGUGCGAUGCCAGAAUAAACCUGAUCCUGAGGGGCGUGGGUGAAGGUCCGGUGUCAGGUGGAGGUGAGGGGGUGCUCAGAGGGGAGGAGAGGACCAAGGAACCAGAAGCGCAAGAGAGAGAGGUGCAGGGAGAUGCGCAUGGAAUGGGGGUGGUGCAUGCACAGCAGGACAGUGCGUGCGAGGGUGCGAUAGGGGUCAGUGGCGCCAUGGAGGGGAAUAGUGACCCCACACAGCAACACACACACAGCCGACAACAGCGAGAAUCAGGCGAACAGGGCGAGUGUGGGCAAAAACAAGCACAGGCUGUGGGGAGUACGUGCAAGAGUACAGUAGGAACGAAUGCGAAUGAGAGCGCGAACACGGAUACCAACUCAGGCGCUGGUGCAGGAGGAAGUGUAGGUACUGAUUCCGCUCGCACGAGUACUGGUACAACCAUAAAGCCAGACACAAACACACACACGAAUACCAACACAAACACAAGCACAAUUACAAGCACAGAUGAGCAUGGAGACACUAGCAUAGCCACAGAAGGGACGGACCCUCCAUUCACGAGCUACCUGGGCUCGUGGGUGUUGUCUGUCAAACUGGAGAUGAUGGAACGCUAUCUCAUCGACGGGAUACGCCUGGAUCUGUUCCUGACCCACGAACUGGGUGUGGUGUACCUGUACUUGGACUAUAUCUACGGGUGGCAGGUAUCCACCAAGGCCAUAGCCACCAAGGCGACACAGGACACGUUGCAGGCACGCAGAAGAGAGAGGCAAGAGCGCCGCGACCAGGUUAUAGCCGCACGGAACGCACUGAAGGAUGGGAAUGAGCCAAUAAGUGUAGGUAAGGAGACUGGAGUAAUAGAUGCGAAGGGAGAAGAUAGCAAGAAAGAUGGUCAUAGUGAGCAUGAGCAGGAGUUAUCUGGCUCGAGAGCCAAGAAACCGGGACAAACCGGGACGGGGAAAAAGAAAAAGAAGAAAAAGAAAAAGAGCGGCGCUGCGAGUACGACUGCGCAGUCGGACGGGCAGGCGACAUCCCACGCACCCGAUGCGCGCCAAAAAACGAUAGGUAAAGUGCCGCAGAUACCUACCACAGCGGACCCGGCGGGUGCAGAGUCCAAGGCGGCAUUGUCAGACGAGCACAUCCGCAAUCUCAUAGUGGAGGUAAAGCAAGCGCUCGCACGGGCCUUUGCGCGCCUUUUUGAGGGUCUCAGAGGGGCCGAGCGAGUGCAGCUGCCGCUGAAGUAUUUUGCACGAGAGGAAGUGCGGUACUUUCAUCGGUUCGAGCCGUUCAUGUACAUCCGCAAUCCAGAGUUUCUCGAGUGGGCGUACCUGGAAUCAAAUAUGACGUACAACACACACCCGGCGAAAGUCAUUUUCGAGAACGCGAUCAAACUCUUCUCAGUGUGUGCGGAGCAUCUCACGAUGAUCGCCAGCACACUACCCGCACAUGGAAGUGCAAAGCCAAACACGCCCAAGCAGACCCACACACCCACACAUGCAGAUACAAACGCACAAGGAAACACAUACACGCAUGCACACCUGACAGAGAUUAACCAACUACUGCAAGUGGCUAAGAACAACGCAGUUGUGGCGCGACUGCUCGCGGCGGGACAUCGCGCCCCGGAAGAGCCGACGAUGGACUUCUCUGUUAACUCGGAUUUCCCGCAACUGAUCUUCCCGAGGAAAAAGACAGGACCGAAAUAGACGUUUAUAGUACCAACCAAUAAACUUAAUCGGCGGA